AUGGCUGAAAGCAGUGUUGUUCCACUCCUUGAGAUACGUGACGAUUUCGUCACGUGUGAGAUUUGUUUGGAGUAUUUUGACAAUCAGGACAAAUCUCCACGUAUCUUACCGUGCUUCCACAGUUUUUGCUGCCGAUGUCUGGAGUCGAUUUGGGAGAAGUCACCGACUGGAGUGAGAUGUCCCAACUGUCGGCAGGCCGAUACAAGCAAAAAACACAACAACAUGAAUUUAGAUCUAUACUGCAAAAAUUGUGCAACUGAUAUUUGUUCAUCAUGUGUUCAUGUCUCUCAUAGAUACCAUGAGAUACUGGAUCUCAAAGAUGUAUAUAAAGCAAAGAUGGACCAUAUGAAAACAUCACUGAAAGAUAUUCAAACUUCAUCAGACAGAGCACAGAAGUAUUCAUCAAGACUUUCUGAACAAAAUGCAACUCUAGAUUCGAUGAAAGAAAAUAUUUGUAAAUAUAUUGAUGAUUCCUAUGAAGAGGUUAUUCAGAAGUUGUCUGAGAAAAGAAAACAGAUGAAAGAAGAUGUCACUUCAAAUAUAGACAAACAAAAAGCUGACACAAACGAGCAGAUGAAGUUGGUCGAACAAUCAGAAGUCCUCAAGGCGGACCAUGUCCUGCACUGCCAGCAAGCUGUGCAAUUCGCACGAGCUGCAGACUUUAUAGAAAUGGCUCCGACCCUUGAAGACAAACUUCACUGUGUGAUGGAAGGUCCGGAACUGGUUGAUAUUCCUAUACAAGAGGUUACCAUCGAUGACACGUUCAAGCAGAUAGAGAAAAUUAUCGAGAAAACUGGUCUAAUAUGGAAUGGAAAUAUUUUCAACAAAAACAACUCAGCUUACCUGAGUAAACUCAUCGCCAGGGGGGACCCGGGUCUGGACUUCCGCAAGACGACCCUCCCAAAGCGCGUAUCCUACCAACGUAGCGGGAGUCACCGCCGAGCCCGGAGUAACAACAACCGAGGUAUUGCCUCCCGCAGCUCCGCCGGAACUCACCGAAUGCCGCUUCGGGAUUUGUCGCUCGCCGGUAUUCACUGGUUUGGCAGCCUGGUGUCUACGUGCAGUUUUGACAGCUCGCUCCGAAAAGGAAUCGAAACUGUUUAG